GUGUGGAACACUAUUACCCACAAUCCUGCACUCCUCCUGACGCUCAGUGGGCGGAGCUCGAGCGGAAACAUGGCAGCGGGCGUCUUAACUGGAGUAAGGCAGGUUCUCCGGGGCCCUCGGCUGGUCUCUGCCGUGUUCUCAUGUCACGGACAGACCUUCAGCUCCGCGGCAGCUGCAUGCAGAUCACCGGCAGCCUCGACAGACACCGAUGCUACACAGAAGAUCCUGAACUUCCCACUCACUCAAUCGGACUAUUUCCGCCUGUCUGAGCUCUUCACUAUGAAGGACCUGUUUGAAGCCCGUGUCCAUCUUGGACAUAAGAAAGGCUGUCGGCAUAGGCUGAUGGAGCCGUAUUUGUUUGGUUCUCGUCUGGAUCUAGACAUCAUUGAUCUGGAGCAGACGGCAGAACACCUGCUGCAGGCGCUCAACUUCACGGCUCACGUGGCGUACCGCGGCGGCAUCAUCCUGUUCAUCAACCGCCGCCGGCAGUUCGCUCACCUGAUAGAGUCGACGGCGCGGGAUUGUGGCGAAUACGCUCACACGCGCUACUGGAAGGGCGGUCUGCUCACCAACGCCCCCGUCCACUUCAACCCCAGCGUCCGGCUGCCCGACCUCAUCGUCUUCUUCUCCACGCUCAAUAACGUCUUCCAGCAGCACGUCGCCAUCCGGGACGCGGCCAAAAUGAAUAUUCCCACGGUGGGGAUCGUGGACUCUAACUGUAACCCCAGUCUCCUCACGUACCCAGUGCCCGGCAACGAUGACACUCCUGUCGCCAUGGAGACGUACUGCCGGCUAUUUAAAAUGACCGUUAACAGAGCAAAGGAAAAGAGGAGACAGAUGGAGCUUCUCAAGGGGAUUUCAGCCGCCGUGUGAAGCGGGUCAACCAGAGUCUGUGUGGAUGUGGAUGUCGUCCUCGUAUAGAAAGUUCAGUGGAAAUAUGAGUGCAAAAAGUAACAGUUCGUUCAGUAUUAAUGUAUUAUUUUGAUUAAAGUUCAGCACCUAAAAGCUUUAAACAUGUGAAGCCUGUUUCUGCAACAGGAUUUAAAAAAAAGGUUUCAACACAAUUUUAUCUCACAUACAUUUUGAUUUGGAGUUUUCAUCUCACCAUUAAUUUUGAUCCUGAUAUUUAAUAAAGUAAUUGCUACAGAAGUCAUACUUUAUCUCAUAGUAUACAUCUUGCAAUUAAAAAUUUGGAUACUUAGAAUUGUGAUGGUCACAAUUGGGGAAGAAAAAAGAUGGAGCUGUUAGAUAAAAAAAAAAAGUCCCAGUUACCUUUUUAUUUAGUUAUUCUUUCACAGUAAUGGGCUUCUAUACAGAACUAAAGAUGUCCAGCUUCAUUUAAAAAUGUAAAAUCCAACGGUUUCAAGCUGAAUGUUUAAUGCUUUUUAAUCGAUUUCCAUUGAUUGCUUUUUAUGUGAACCCAAUAAAGUUUCACAAAUCCAAAAUGGGAUGUUCGCUUCAUGUAAAGUGCAUAAAUGUUAGUUUUCAAAUGACUGCCAACGGUUGUUAAACUAAAAUUUAAUGGUCUGGUUCAAUAAUGCAAGCUGUAAUUUGGUGCCAUUUGCAGACUUAACUCAGUAAUAUUUUAUGCAUGCAUAUAUAUGUGUGUAUGUGUGUGUGUGUGUGUGUGUGUGUGUGUGUGUGUAGUCAUGCCUCAUUUUUCGGGGGGCGGGAUUCAUCCGUUAAUUCGGUGUUGGUGUAAAUCCGCCUUUUCUGGUCCAGCAGGUUUCCGUAGUUCUACUAUAUAAAUAUCUUUAGCCACUCCUCUUGACUACAUUUCAGAUUUAUUCGUUCUACGAUGAAGACCCUGAGUAAAGAACCUUCACUUCCUGUUUGGAAACCACCAUGAUUUUUCCACCAUCAGAUACAAGAAAUUGAUGAAAUGGAGCUGCACUUCACAUGGGUCGUGACCUAGAGUCUUAAAGCAGUGCAACUCUGAACAAAGGUCGGCUCUACAGAAAGCUGGAGUAGAACGUGCCGAACCACGUGGAACUAGUCAGCUGACUGACAUCUACACCUGUUGUGUCCCAUGCCUCUGUCUGCAGUUGUUGAACUCCACCUGCUUUUUGGAACAGCUGAACAAGAUCAUCGCCCUCAUUAGUGCAUUACGUCUGUAUUUCUAGCCACGAACUUUAAUUGUUUCAAAUCAAUCCAUGUAUCUGUUUAUUUUGAAGGAUGUCAGCUAAUCAUUAUCACUAAAUAAACCCUCUGAGUAUUAAUGCUAUGUUUUUGUUAUAAUUUAUGAAGUGAGCUAUAAUUAGAUCUGUCAAUUAAUUCAAUGUGUCUAUAUAUGAGAAACGUGUGUAUAUAUUUCACAUUCUAUUACAAAUAAAAAAUGUAUAUGUA